AUGCAGCUCCAAUUUACCCUUCGAGCGCAGCUCGCUGCUCCAUUUCUCUCAGGCGCCAGUGGCACACGGUUAUUUUCUUCAACCACUCCAGGUCUCCUUAGGAAUGCUCCUGCGAAGCCUCGCACGCUCGAUCCACGAUGGCUCACGUUGAUCAAGCGGAGGAUUGGGAAGUGUAUGAUGUUUGGGCUGCAACCAGCACAGAUCGAUGAAGGGGGCAAAAUUCUAAACCAGUUGGCCAAAGAAUGGCGUGAAUUGAUUGCCGGCAGUGAGGGCUUCCUUACAGAUGCGAAGCGGCGUAGUCUGUUCCGCCAUGGUGUGGUCUGGGGAGAACAGCCUGCUGUUGGCCGAUUAGGAUAUAAUGGUCACGUCAACAAUGUUACUUACGUUCGAUAUGCCGAAACAGCUCGAGUGAACUGGACACGCAACAUUGGCAAUUAUAUCGACCCCGCAAACAAGAAAGAAUGGCUGAACAUGGUCGGCUCAACGGGAAUUGGUCUGAUUUUAAAGAGUAUCAAGGUGGACUACAAAUUUCCCAUGACAUCUCCCGACAAAAUCACAGUCUAUCACAAGCUGGUUCCAGACCCAUCUGGGCACCUCUCAUCCCAAUCAGCAUUCCAACUUCAAGUCAUGAUUCUAUCUGAAGCGCGCCAACGUCCUUCUGCUCGUUGCUAUGAGGAUAUCGUCCUGUAUGACUACAAGAAGAACCGCAAAACUGUCAACCUGCCGCCAUUUGUCACGGAUCAGUUCAAGUCUAUGUGGGAACUACAGGAAGCGGAGGCGGGGAGGUGGCAACAGCGAAUUGUGGAUAUCGAAGGUCGGGUUCGGACCCUUGAGGUCGAAAGCUGGGACCGGGCUGAUGCCGUUGAGAAUACUGGCUCUGCAUGA